CAGGUCUCUGCGGUCCUUCACUGCUCUGGACAGCAGACUGAGUUGAGGACCUUGUAUCGCAUCAAUGGAUUUGCGUAGAAGUCUGUGGAGUAUUUGCGCUGUGGUUGCCCUGGUGCUCAUUCUCAAUUGUAGCAGUGAAACCGACUGGGAGGUCCCUCGCCUGGACGGCUGGUACAACAAUCUGGGAUGUCCCAGGAGAGGAGCCGUGGGUUCCCACCUUCUGCGCCUUGUUCCUGCACAUUACUGGGAUGGGGUCUACCAACCUGUUCAGGAGCCACUGCUGCCAAACCCCCGCAACCUGAGUCUUGUGCUGACGGAGGGACCCUCAGGGCUGCCUUCUACACGCAACACGACUGUGCUGUCUCUCUUUUUUGGUUAUCAUGUUGCGUUUGAACUUUUUGACUCAAGACCUCCUGGAUGUCCACCUGAGUUCAUGAACAUCCCAAUUCCUAAAGGGGACCUUGUGUUUGACCCAACCGAUGCUGGAAAAGUCCUGCUGCCCUUUCAGCGAGGACCAUGGGACAAAGAGUCUGGUCAGAGUCCCAGUAACCCUCGAACCCCGGUCAACCUUGUGACAGCCUGGAUCGAUGGCAGCUCCAUCUACGGAACGUCCACAUCAUGGUCUGACUCACUGAGGAGUUUCUCCGGAGGACUCUUGGCCUCAGGCUCGGAGUUGAACAUGCCGAAACAAGGAGGCGGAAGAAACCUCAUGUGGAGUGCUGCUGACCCCUCGACUGGAGACCAUGGGCCUCAUGGCCUUUACAAGUUGGGAAACGCCUGGGCCAAUGAGAACACGUUCACAGCGGCUGAGGGGAUUAUCUGGUUUCGCUACCACAAUUAUGUCGCCUCCAAACUGCAGCAGGAACACCCAGAGUGGUCAGACGAAAAGCUCUUUCAGAACGCAAGGAAGACCGUUGUGGCCACAUUUCAGAACAUUGCUCUUUAUGAAUGGCUUCCAGCAUAUCUUGGGGACAAGAAGCUUCCACCUUACUCAGGUUACCAGAAGUUUGUGGAUCCAGGGAUCUCUCCAGAGUUUCAGGCUGCUGCCAUACGAUUUGGCAUCACUUUGGCACCACCUGGCGUUUAUAUGAGAAACAGAACCUGCCAUUUCCGUGACAUAGUCAACAUAGAUGGCAGCUCAUCACCAGCAGUACGUCUUUGUAACAGCUUCUGGAAACGUCAGAAUCCUAAUAUAAAAGUCAGCCAGGAUGUAGAUGACCUUCUGAUGGGCAUGGCUUCCCAGAUCGCAGAGAAAGAAGACAACAUUGUCGUGGAGGACCUGAGAGAUUAUAUGUAUGGACCGUUAAGGUUCACACGAACAGACCUGGUGGCCAUGACCAUCCAAAGAGGAAGAGACUUUGGUCUUGGCAGUUACACUGAGGUCAGACGAGCUCUGAACCUGCCUCCAGUCGGAACAUUUGAGGAGAUAAAUCCCAGACUGAACAGCACAGAUCCACAGCUGCUCCGUAAUAUUGCAGAACUGUACAACAGAGACAUAUCCAAACUGGAGCUGUUUCCUGGAGGAUUGCUGGAGUUCCUCGACGGUCCAGGUCCAGUUUUCUCUGCCAUAAUCCUAGAUCAGUUUGAACGAAUCAGAAAUGGAGAUCGCUUCUGGUUUGAGAACAAACAGAACGGGUUGUUUACAGAUGAAGAGAUCCAAGCAAUCCACAACAUGACAUAUCAUGACGUCCUGGUUGCUGUAACUAGUGCUGAAGAAGCCGAUUUCCAAAAAUCAGUUUUCAUCUGGAGAGAUGGUGACCCUUGCCCUCAGCCCGCACAACUGACCGCCUCGAUGCUCCAUCCCUGCACUAAUGCAACCAAGCUGAAUUAUUUUGAUGGAAGUAAAGCUGGAUUUGGUGUAAUCAUCAUCAUUCUGCUCCUCCUACCUGUGGUGAGUUUAAUCGUGGCUUGGUUGGUGGCACAUCUGAGAAAACGCAGGUACAGAAAAUUUCAAAGAAAAAACAAGGCUGGUGACAAAGCAGAGGAUCAGACGGUGGGAAUCAAUGCAUAUGAGUGGCAGAGCUAUAAAAAACCUCUGCAUCCAGUCAGCGUGGAGAUCGAUGGAGAGAAGAAACUUCAGGUGUUCGACCGAAGUGGACCUGCUCUCAGAUCCCUCGUUCUCGGCAGUCAGCCCGGCCUGGAUGUUCGUCUUUCCACUGAUCGUCAGUGCAGAGCUCUCUUGCUCAAAUUAGCCAAAGAAUACGACCUGGUUUUGUUUUUUGAUGACGAGAUUAAACGUAAAGCAUUUGUCAAACGUCUGCAUGAAGUGGUGAGAGACACUGAGCAGGAAAUAAGAGUAAAAGAGAUGAGAGAGAAGGAACUUCUGAAGGACGCUCUGACCAAGGAGCGCAGGGCUCCGAUCGUGGAAACUUUCAUUCGCCACGCUUUCUCCAAGGUCCUGGAGAUAGAAAAGUGUGACGCCGGUGACACGAGUGGAAAGUACCACGAGAAAGCCAGGGAGGUUCUGCAGUGUGAGCUCACGGCCUCAGAGUUUGCUGAUGCACUGGGCCUCAAGCCUGACUCAUUAUUUGUGGAGUCCAUGUUCACACUGGCUGAUAGAGAUGGAAACGGUUACCUCUCCUUUCAAGAGUUUCUGGAUGUGAUGGUCAUCUUCAUGAAAGGUUCUCCUGAAGAAAAAUCCAAAUUGUUGUUCUCCAUGCAUGACAUCGGAGGAACUGGUUACUUAUCAAAAGAAGAAUUUGCCAGGAUGCUCAGGUCCUUCAUUGAAAUCUCCAACGGCGUCCUGUCAAAGAUCCAGGUAGAAGAUGGAAUCAAGGCCAUGAUGGGGGCAGCGGGCUUCGAUGACAAGGAGAGAAUCUCCUGGGAGGACUUUCAUUACCUCCUGAGGGACCAUGAGACAGAGCUGCAGUUCGCUCAGCUCAACGUCAAAGGGAUGGAGAAACAUGGAAGGAAGCGUCUGAGUCGAGACCAGAGAGUCUCCUUCAUCUGUCCAGCAAACAGCAACGACAAGACAGAAGGACAGGAGCUGCGCAGACGUCAAAAGUCAGGCAUGAACACGCCUAAUGUUUAUGUGAAGCCCAAACGAGACCCAUACAUAAAGAACCCAGUUCAGCAGAAGAUCCAACACUUCAAACGUUUCAUCGAGAACUAUCGCCGCCACAUCGUCUGCUUCAUCAUCGUCUACGGCAUCUCAGCCGGCGUGGCACUUGAGAGAUGUUACCACUAUGGUCUGCAGGCUGAGUCUACAGGCUUCCCUGAGACCUCCCUGGUCGGUGUGAUCGUCUCUCGCGGCGCAGCUGCUUCCAUCUCCUUCCUCUUUCCUUUCCUGCUCCUCGCCGUGUGUCGUAACCUCAUCACGCUGUGCAGAGAGACCUUCCUCAACAGAUACAUUCCCUUUGAUGCUGCCAUCGACUUCCAUCGCUGCAUGGCUAUGGCUGCCGUCAUCCUGUCGGUUGUCCACAGUCUGGGCCACGUGGUCAACGUCUACAUCUUCUCCAUCAGUGACCUCAGCAUCCUGGCCUGUCUGUUCCCCAAAGUCUUCACCAACAAUGGGUCUGAACUUCCUAUGAAGUGGUCCUGGUGGUUCUUCCAGACUGUUCCAGGAACCACGGGCGUCCUGCUCCUCCUAGUCUUCUCUUUCAUGUAUGUUUUUGCCUCACACUAUUUCCGUCGCAUCAGCUUUCGUGGAUUUUGGAUCACCCACUACCUGUACGUCGUUGUGUACAUUCUGACGGUGAUUCACGGCAGCUUCGCCCUCCUCCAGGAGCCUCGCUUCCACAUCUAUCUGAUCCCUCCUGCUCUGCUCUUCCUGCUGGACAAACUGAUCAGCCUGAGCAGGAAGAAGGUGGAGAUUCCAGUGAUCAGAGCUGGGCUGCUGCCCUCAGGUGUGACCCAUCUGGAGUUCAAGCGUCCUCAGGGCUUCAUGUAUCGUUCUGGACAGUGGGUUCGUAUUGCUUGCCUCAAGUUGGGCACCGAUGAGUACCAUCCAUUUACCCUGACUUCAGCCCCUCAUGAAGACACCCUGAGCCUGCACAUCAGAGCUGUGGGGCCUUGGACCAGCCGGCUCAGAGAGCUCUACUCUGAGGAGAGCCUGCUGGAGCUGGGAGCCAAUCCAAAGCUCUAUCUGGACGGCCCGUUUGGUGAAGGUCAUCAGGAGUGGAUUGACUUUGAGGUGUCCGUUCUGGUGGGAGGAGGAAUCGGAGUCACGCCGUUCACUUCCAUCCUGAAGGACUUGGUGUUCAAGUCCUCCAUCAGGUCCAAGAUUCAGUGUAAAAAGGUGUACUUCAUCUGGGUGACGCGGACACAGCGGCAGUUUGAGUGGGUGUCCGACAUCAUCAGGGAGUUGGAGGAGAUUGACACGCAGGAGCUGGUCUCAGUUCACACUUACAUCACUCAGGUGGCCGAGAAGUUCGAUCUGCGUACCACCAUGCUGUAUGUGUGUGAGCGUCACUUCCAAAAAGUGUGGAACCGCAGUCUCUUCACCGGCCUACGAUCCGUCACCCACUUUGGGCGUCCGCCCUUCGUCUCCUUCCUCAGCUCAUUGCAGGAAGUUCACCCAGAGGUGGCUAAAAUUGGCGUGUUCAGCUGCGGGCCGCCCGGACUGACCAAAAACGUGGAGAAAGCUUGUCAGCAGAUGAACAAGAGGGAUCAGGCCCAUUUCAUCCAUCACUACGAGAACUUCUAAUUUGUUCUCAACGCUGGACUGCACAUGCUUACUCAACAAUGAGCCACUUGGAGAAGAGUUUAGGAGUUCCUAAGAAAUAUAAGGUUUACCACAGUACAUACAGUACAGUAGUAGAAAUGAUGAAGGAGGACUUUCUGUCAGAGUGAACUGUUUAAUGUUUAACUCCACUCUGUUUUAGGGAAAUGUGAUUUCUUUUAAUUGUGAAUAUCCUUGUUAGGUUUAUUUAAUCAGUCAUAAAUGGGCAUUUUAUUUAUCUGACACAAACCUACAGAAUAAUAAUAAUUAAUACUAAUUCAUUUAGAGCUCUAGCUCAUUUCAGUUCUUGAUUUCCAUUGAGUUAUUUUCAUGUUCUUAACCAAUAAUUUAUUAAUCUUUUCAUCAUCAUAUGAUUAAAUGUUCUGACAAAAGAAUAAAAAUAGAGACUGAAUUGCAAAGGUUUCAUGCCUGAUUGGUUCCUAAAAAAAAUUUAAUUUGAUUUAUCUUCCCUUCCAUUAUUGGAUGCUGUUUUUGUUUGCUUCACAGAGACGCUAGAGUUCAUGACCUGAGUCAGUUUUAGGGAGGAUUAUGGAAUGUGAAGAGAACUUUAUUGAUCCCAUAUUUGGGAAAUUCUUGUAUUAACAACAGGUUUGUUGUUAACUGGCUGUUGCCCCAGCAGCCACCAAGCAUCUGGUUCCUUUGGGAAUCAAACCCAGGACUCUCUUCUCUCUGCUUCCGAGGCAGGCAUGCUAACCGCUGCACUAUGGAACCUACUAAACAGCAACAAAAGCGUUACUGUAUAUUUUUGUCUGAGGUCACAGUCACAUGACGUCACGCAGCUGAUUUAUAACCUGAUUUAACCUGGUUCGUUUUAAGCAGUUGCAGUAACAAAUAAAGGAGGUUAAUGUAGACAAAUGGGUGUCUCCGCGGAGGCACCGAGGAGCUGCAGUG